CUGUUUUUUGGUUCCCAAAAACAAAACCCUAAUUCCAUACCGAUUCAGUUUGAGCCUCGAAAUACCUAUCCCUCCCUCUGUCUCCAUUCUCUCUUCCAUCUUCUCCGACCUUCCCUCGUUCAAUCUCUAUCGUCCGAUCCACCUCACCGCCUUCCCUUCAUCGGAGCAGGACUAUUGUUUGCAAGGAUGUCUCCUGCAUCAAAGUCCAAGUCUAAGGACAAAAAGGCUGGAAAGGAUUCCCAAAAGUCUUCUUCAAAGCCUUCAGGACCUGCUAAUGCUGGUAGUGGUGUUCAAGCUAGUGCAUACAAUCCUCUAUUAGGGACAUUUCAUACUCUUGAAACAACAGCAUCGUCCUCUACUUCACCUCUUCAGAAUAAUGGCCGUUUCCGAAACAUAGAUGAGACAGAUGAUCACUCCGGGGGUUCUCUUGGAGCUGGUAUUGAAUAUGAUUCUGUUUCUAACAAUGGUAGCUGGUCUGGUGAGUCUGAAGAUCAUAAAGAGAAAACACCUAACCCUCCUGCCCGGCAGGAAGCAAUACCAGGAGCUGACAAUGAUAAACGAGAAAAAAUUCGCCAGAAGAAUGAGAGGAAACAUCAACGCCAGAAGGAGAGGCGAGCGCAGGAAUUGCAUGAGCGAUGCAGUGGGUAUCUCAUGUCAAGAAAGCUUGAAGCACUUGCUCAACAGCUUGUGGCAAUGGGAUUUUCUCAUGAACGCGCAACGAUGGCUCUUAUAUUGAACGAAGGCAAAGUAGAGGAAUCUGUGGCAUGGCUAUUUGAAGGGGGUGAAGAAGCAGAUAAGCAUAGAAAAUCACCUGUUGGUGGGGGGAAUCUUAAAAUUGACAUAUCAGAAGAGCUUGCUCGGAUAUCUGAGUUGGAAAUAAGAUACAAAUGUACAAAACAGGAGGUUGAAAGAGCAGUUGCUGCUGCUGAGGGUGACCUUCAGAAAGCAGCAGAAGCUUUAAGAGCAAUGAAACAAGACCCACCUUCUGCACCACCUAAGCCAGAAGAAAUUGGUGAUCCUCCAACUGCUAGUAAUGGCAAGGUAUUAGUGGGAACUGGUCAGGGCUUGACUGUAAGGCCACAACCAAAAUUAAAUCCAUCUUCUGCAAUACAACAACGAAGAGAUGAAAAGGAUUUUAACUACACAAAAGCAGCUUUACCAGUUGGAGGACCUUUAGAACCUGUGAAUAAAAAUUUUCAGCCUUUGAAGAGAAUACAAUCAAAGUUGGAGUGGGCAAAACCCCAACAAACAGCAGUUCCAGCUGAUAAAAGGUGGCCAAAUGCAGGAUCAAAUACUUCUCUUUCUUAUUCCCUGGCAUCACCGCUGCAGGCAUCAACUCCUCCAGUAAAAACAGAAACCCGUUACAUGGCUGUCGGAAGCGAGUUUAAGAGCCUUCAAUCAUCGGUUAGAGAACCAGUUAUAAUGAUGCAGCGUCCCCAAUCUGUAAAUACAAAGCAGAUUCCAGCUACAAGCAUAAGCUCAUCUCCUCCUCCUACAGCCAGCAGUUGGUUUCCAACUAGUAGUGUUGAAACUAUGAAGUCCAAUGGGUUCAUGCCUCAUAUUCCUAGCACUAGAAGCCUCAGUCCCAACAAUCUGAGUUCAAACCAAAUGUACCAUCAACUUCAUUAUCAGCAACAGCAACAAUUCGCACCCACCACUGGUCCAGGAGAUUCACCAGGAACCAGCCGAGGGAAUAGUUUAUGGAAUAGAACAGGUUCAUCUCCAACACUUGCAGCUGCAUCUUCUCUAGGGCUUUUCUCAGGCUUGGGUUCCACUGGUUCGUCAGGGGCCUCUUCUCCUGUUGAUUGGAGCACCGGUAGCUCAAUGACACAGUUGGACUAUACCAACAUAGAUUGGAGUUUGGACCGAGGUUUGGCUUCUCCAAGGUUUGCCAGUGGUUUGUGGACAACACCGACAUCUUUGAGGAACUCCCACAUUUAUGAUCCAAACACCAAUGGGUUGGGUGGUAAGCCAGCCAUGAGAUUGACAAACCCUAAUAGUAAUGGAGUUCCUAUUGUGGGACUGCAAGACGGUGGAUUGGCUCCAGCUGAGGCAUCUGCUGCGGGUUCUCGUGAGUGGAGCUCACCAUUUGAAGGGAAUGAUCUUUUUACCUUAUCCAGACAGUUUGUUUCUUCUCCUUCGCUGUAGGGUGGGGGGGAAUGACCAAAUGAAUAAAAUGAAAGAAAAGACAAUGUGCUUGGAUUUGCUGUUAGUGUUGGUUCUUCUUCUGAUGCCUUGCAAUGUCGGUUGUUGGUUAAUAUCUUUUAGUAAGAAAAAGCGACUGAGUCUCAUCUUUUCUUUUAAUUUAUAUAUAUAUAUAUAUAUAUUUUUUGACCAGGUAGAUGGUUAGGAAGUUAGUAGAGUUAGUUUGUUAGCAGCUGGAAUUUUUCCAGGAAAGUGAACGUUUCAUCCCCUCAUUUGAGGCGUGCGACCAUUAGGUCGCAAGUUGUUGGAGUUCACGGUAGUGGCAGAGCUCGAAGUCCUGAACUCCGCCUCAUCCAAGCCUUAAAGCUUGGGGGCCAACCAAUUGGGCCACAGGCCCGGUUGAUCUUUUAAUUUUUUUAUAUUAAUAUGAAGACAAUGGAAGGGUUCAUAGAGGUAAGGAGAUGGUCUUCUACUCUUCUUAAUUAAGCUUGUCAUUAGAA